AAUCGUAGUGAAGUCAUGUCAACAAAGGCGCAAAAUAUUAUUAUAAUCAUCUGAAUCACGCAUUUCAUUUCACAUUCAUCGUUCGCGCAAAUCGCAAUGCUCGUUUGUUAAGCUUGCAUCAUGCGUCGCACUUACUGUGCAGUUUUUAUUAUAAAGUGUUUUUUAAUUAACUUUUGCUUAGGUGAGCUAAGCAUUGAGAAAAAGGAACAAGUUUUGAUAGGCUUCAUAGAUUCGUUGAACAAUCUACCUGAUCAGCAUUAUACUUAUGAAGAAGGAGUACUUUUAGAAGCGGAGAAGACGAAUGAUAACACCUACAAGAUCUGUGCGCGGCUCAAAGUCAGUGACAUCCAUAAUGUGGAUUCCCAAAAGAUAUUGCGUUGCAGAGCUGAACUAGUACAGAACGAGGAUAAUGUACUGGUCAUAAAACAAGGGCAUGAUUGCGUAGAGGAGCAAGAUACUGGCACUACGCAAGAUGUGGAGACGGGAGUUAGUGGUGAAGACCGUACAAUAGAAUCUACUGGUUAUGAUGGGCCUGUGAAGCUAUAUAAUGAAGUACAACAGCCCAAUGCUGAGGUGACAUCCGGCGAGCAGUUCGUCGCGAUCCCUCGAGCUAGCCCUAGCGUCCCAUGCAUCGGUUGCGCGUCGCACGUAGACCCUUCCGCAGCCGGCGUGCCCGAGCUGGCCAACCUUGGCAUCCGGCAUUUGGACUUCCACGACCCGGCCAAGCAUGUGCUCAGAUCCGUUGUUGAUGUAGAGAGACAGGUUCAGGUAGUAAAUGGCGUCCGCUACAUACUCACUCUGCUUGUCGAUUACGACAAUUGCACGGCGCCUGACGCUGUGGCUUGCCCAGUGAGAAUUCCAUGCAAAAUUUCCAUCCUCGAAAAACCUUGGAAAAAGUUACCAGACGGCUCAAAGUACCGAGCCAUACUAGCCAACAACUGCACUGCAGAAUGGCUAUUUGGUGACGAAGGCGAGGUGCUGCCCGAUCUUGAAAAUAAUGAAAACAAUGAAAUUCACCCAGACCCUAAUGCUGAUCCUGAUGCUUUGAAAGUUAUUCAUAAUUUCGAUGCGCAAGCGCGUCCUAAUCAAGAAAAUUCUAAUGCUGACGAAGUUUUGAAAAAUAUAGAACACCAAAUUAUUCCGCUCAGUGAAUUUGAAGCAACUACAACAGAAAAAAUAGCGCCACCUCAAGAAAAUGUCGAGCAGAUCCACGCAGACGAAAUACAAAGAAAUUAUAAUGAAAAUGCGGCCGUCGGACAGCAGUCCCGCUCCCAAACGAGCGAAACUAACUCUUUAUUAAGCCAAGACAAGAAGAAAGCGAUUGAUGAUCUAAUGCACUAUUUCGACUUAGAUGGUUUCCAAAAACCGGAAGUUACUAGUGAUCAUCACAGAGAAAAAAGAAGUUACAAUGAUCUUCAGAACGUAAAUAACCCCUUAAAUAACGUUAUGUUCAUUAAAAAAUUGGCCCUAAUAAUUGUUGAUUACUUAAAUAAAGUAGAUAUGGCUAUACAAAACAGAGUUUUGACAGAUGUAUUACGCGCGGAAGACGAAUUUGGAAAUGAUCAACAUUUCUACUACUUACAAGCAUUAGUAAGCAUUCCCUGCAACAAAUCUCUAUGUAACAAUAAAGAUAUCGUAAAAGAAGUUUGCUGCGGUUCUGUAGAGGCUACCGAUGAAAACGCUCCUAGGAUACUAAAUGCAUUCUGUUAUGAAGAUGAAAACCAUUUCAGCAAAGAAAACUUAAUUUCGGCUGCCGAUCCAAUACUUGUCGAACUAGUUCAACCUGCUUUAGAAAAAAUUGAGUCAGAAUCUUCUAAAGAUAAUGCAAUCAAGUUAAUAAAUAUUUUAGAUGCAACUACUAAAAAGAUGUCCGGGACAUUAACAAAGAUCACCUUGUCUUUUAAAUAUACAAAUUGUAAGAAAUCGCAGGAUUUUUACAAUCGAGUGAACUGCAGUAUAAUUGAAGACAUGGGCUCUAAAAUCUGUCAAGUAGAUAUACACAAAAUACAUAAUAAAAUGCAAAUUAAUUAUGAGUGCACUGAACGAAGUGCACGCGAAGAUUUCUCAGAUUCAGAGCAAGUUAAUAGGAAAACUGGAAAUGUUGAUCCGGAAAUUCGUAACAUGGUACAACAAGCUUUAAAGAGCCUGGAACAUAAAACAGACGCAAAUCGGAAACUAAAAGUAGUUGACGUAAAAUCAGUUUCGACCAAACUCAUGGCCGGUCUGUUAACUAAAGUCGCCUUUUCCGUCGGAUAUACAAAUUGCCUUAAAGAUAAGAAUGUAGAUGAUAAUACUUGUGAAUUACUGCAAAAUACACCCAUUCGCGAGUGCGAAGCACAAGUAUGGGAUAGGCCAUGGCUAGCAGAUAGUAGGCAAAUAAAUGUUAAGUGCGAAGAGGAUACUGACAUACAUUCGGAUAUAGAAAAAAAUGAGAUCCCCGUAUUUAGAAAAAAACGAUCUAACUUUGUUGGAGGUGAAAAAGAGAAAAACCCUAAUGACCCUCUCUACAAACAAUUAGCUGAUGAAUCUAUAAAACAACACUUAGCAUCCACUCACGGUCUUCCAGUCACCGUUAAAGAGCUAAAAGUAAAACGAGUAGUCACUCAAGUAGUUGCAGGAACUCUAACUAAAAUUGAUUUUGAUGUUAUUCCUGCCGAUGGUGAAAUAUUCAGCUGUCAUUCUGAGGUUUGGGAACAGCCUUGGCUUAAGAGAAAGGAAAUUACUGUAACAUGUCCAAAAAAUCAGAGAAGAAAGCGUGGUCUGAAUCUGAAAGGUGGAAUGAAGAACCAAGACCCUGAGGAUCCCACGUACAGAAAAUUAGCGCAAGAAUCUUUAGAAAAGUAUCGUGCGACUCUUGUCGGUGGCCAACUCAAUGUCAAAGAACUGAAAGUAACAAGAGUCGCUACACAGGUAGUUUCUGGCACCAAAACAUUUAUUGAUUUUACUGUAUUCCCUACUAACGGUGACAAAAUAACGUGCCAUUCUGAGAUAUGGGAGCAGCUUUGGCUUAAUAAGAAAGACAUUGAUGUAAAUUGUGGUGUAAAUCAACAAGAAAAUAGAGCUAAGAGAGGUUUACCUGGCGGCCACAAAGAACAAAACACUGAAGACCCAAAAUACAGAAAAUUAACCCAAGAAUCUUUAGACAAGUAUCGUACAACUCUAGUUGGUGGUCAACUUAAUGUAAAAGAAUUCAAAAUUACAAAAGUCACCACGCAGGUAGUGUCUGGUACCAAAACAUUUAUUGAUUUUACUGUGUUCCCUACCAACGGUGACAAAAUAAUAUGCCAUUCUGAGAUAUGGGAGCAGCCUUGGCUUAAUAAAAAAGAAAUUGAUGUAAAUUGUGGUGUAAAAAAACAGCAAAGAAAGAAGCGACAAAUACCCGGCGGUGAAGUGAAUCAAGACCACGAAGACCCCAAAUACAAGAAAUUAGCGCAGGAAUCUUUGGACCAGAUCAUUCAGUCCGUCAAUGGGAAUAACGUUAACGCUAAAGAUCUAAAAGUUAAAAAAGUAGUUACUCAAGUAGUUGCUGGUUCUUUAACUAAAAUUGAUUUUGAUGUAAUUCCUACAGAAGGUGAAGUGUUUGGCUGCCAUUCUGAAGUUUGGGAAAGGCCGUGGCUUAAUAAGAAAGAAAUCAAUGUCAAUUGUGAUUUUAAUAAACAGCAAAGUAGAACUAAAAGAACUUUACCUGGCGGCCUAAACGAAGUAAAUCCCGAAGACUCAAAAUACAGUAAAUUAGCUCAAGAAUCUGUAGACAAGUAUCGUGCGACUCUUGUUGGUGGCCAACUUAAUGUUAAAGAACUGAAAGUAACCAAAGUUGCAACACAGGUAGAUUCUGGCACCAAAACAUUUAUUGACUUUACUGUAUUCCCUACUAACGGUGACGAAAUAACGUGCCAUUCUGAGAUUUGGGAACAGCCGUGGCUUAACAAGAAGGAGAUAGAUGUAAAAUGUGGCUUGAAGGGCCAAGAAAAGCGUGAAAUAUUUCACGACAACCCAGAGAAAUAUAAACAAGGAUCUCCAAAUGAACUUGAUGCCAGUGAGCCGCAGUUCAAAUUAUUAGCGGUCGAAUCUUUACAGAAGUAUGUGGAGAUGAUAAACAGCCCAGUACAUCAUGAAGUUGUCGAAGUAAAGAAGGUGAUUUCCAAGGUAGUCGCAGGGAAACUCUACGAAAUAGAUUUCACCGCAGUCCCUACUUCAUGUUCAAUGUAUGAGGCUAAUCCAGAUAACUGUAUCGCUCGAAACGACACACUUCUGUCUUGUCAUGCACAAGUAUGGGCUCGGCCUUGGUUGAAAUCAAACGAGAUUAAUGUCAUCUGUAAAAGUGAUGAUAGAAAAGUUGAAGAAGAUGUUAAUUUAAAAGAAGAAGAAGAUGAAGAUUACCAAAAAAAACUGACAUUACACCCACGGCAAGAAAAAAAUGGUAAAGAACUAAAAGUGCUUGCUCAAGAGGUACUGGAAAUGUAUGAACGACAGUCUAACUCGAUGUAUAAACAUAAAAUUAGAAGUAUUGGGAAAUCCUAUGAGCAAAUUAGUGAAGGUAUUUUGAACACUAUUGAAUUUUAUGCGUCACCCACGAAAUGUCUAACUGUUGAUGAAACUAACGUUGAUGACUGCCAGAUAAAGCAACCCGAAAUUGUAUUAUUGUGCAAGUCGGUUGUACGGGAACGGGCAUGGAUAUACUUUAAAGAUAUAAAGGUGUAUUGUAACAAUGUAAAUACUACUAAGUCAGUCUCGCUAGGUUGGGAGGAUGAAAUACCAAAAGUGAAAGGAAAAUACGCCGGCAGACAUAAACGAGACGUAACUGGAGAUGAUGACGAUAAUUAUAUGGAUGAUGAAAUGAAACAUUAUUAUGCCGAUCGUGCCCUUCAACAACUUAAUCGACGCAGUGACAGUCAUAACUUACAGAAAAUGAUUACCAUUCAUUCUCUUGAUGUCUCCAAUCAGAUGGGCGCACGAAUGAUACGUAUGUAUAUCGAAACGGCUAUGACAUUCUGUGUGCGUCAUCAACUAGAGCGUGUAGAUCUCGCCCAGUGUGACGAAAUGGAAGGCCUAGCGCACAAAUUGUGUCACGUCAGGCUAUGGCCGUCUGUCAAUGAUGAAUAUAUUAUUCGGCAUGUGGUAGUCGUUUGCGACGAUGAUAGUGACUUUUCUUCGGUGACUGGAUUCGAAGUAUCUAAAUUGAUAGCCGCUUCUUUGCGAAAGCUGGAGGAAUCACCAAAAGUAAAAUUCAAAUUAGUCCAUCAAGGAGAGCCAUACGUAAUGCCUGCACUCAGCUCGAGAUUCCCUAUUAAAGUGAAUUUUGUGGUUUUAAGAACUAAUUGCACUAAAGAUGUAGAUGUGUUUAAACAACGACACAUGUGCUUUGUAGAUUCUACUACACCAGCUAUGUCGUGCGAAUCUAAGAUAUAUCUUUCUCCCAAUAGCAAGGACAUCAAAGAUAUUACAGCUUCGUGCAACCCAACUCGCAGGGAACGAAGAGAUGUCAGCUUUGGCCCAGCUAAAUCCAAUAGCGAGGAUGCUAUCAUUGCUGACCUAGUUGAAGCAUCACUAGAAAAACUUGAAACAUCGUCGCUGCAUAGAUAUAAACAGAGAGUAUGGAAAAUCAAUAGCUACUCUACCGAAAUCACAAGAGGACGAGAGACCACAAUAGAUUUUGAUGUCGGAUAUUCAUCUUGCUUGAAAUAUGAAUCCAUCAAGAAUAUAAGCAAUUGUGAAUUUCUCGAGCACCUCCCAAUAAGGCAUUGCAUAUCCCAUGUCUUCGAAAGGCUGUGGGUGGAAAACGGUAGAAAUAUUAAAGUAGUUUGCGAAGACAAUGAGACCCCAUUAGAAUAUCAAAUGGAUUUCGGAAACGCUGAUACGGCUAAUCAAAUUGCAAACGAAGCCUUAAAACACAUAGAAGCUAAAUAUCCUAAUGCAAAGAGGCUUCAGGUAGUUAGGAUAUUUUCUCUGCAGAAGCAAACUAUAGCUGGAAUUCACUAUAGGUUAAAGAUGGAGGUUGGCGGUACAGAUUGUCCCGCGUUAAGUCUUAAGACAGACUGCAAGUUAGUAGAUGGAUUCGAAAAUAACAAGUUCUGCCGAGUCAACGUGUGGAUCAGGCCUUGGACGGACCACCCUCCAAAUUUCCGCGUUAUUUGCGAUUAUCAAGAAAGCGAGACCGCUGAGGUGUAUCAUAGAAUGCAAGCUGAACACCUUUUCGCCAACUUCCUCGCAACAUACAGACCAGAUUACAUGGACGAUUACAAAGAGAUGUCAAGAAGGUUCAAGAUAUUCAGAGCUAACGUGAGAAAGGUUCACGAGUUGAACAUUCAUGAAAGAGGAUCGGCGACGUACGCAAUCACUCAGUUCUCUGACUUGACUUCUGAGGAGUUUAGCAGCAAGUAUCUGGGGUUGAAGGCGAGCUUGAAGAGUGAGAACAACAUCCCCAUGAUUAAGGCGGCGAUUCCGAAGAUAGAUUUGCCAAAGUCGUUCGACUGGCGCGAUCACGGCGCCGUCACGGAGGUCAAGGACCAGGGACAAUGCGGUAGCUGCUGGGCUUUCAGUGUUACAGGAAACGUGGAGGGCCAAUGGAAGCUAACCUCGGGCAAGUUGUUAUCCUUGUCGGAGCAGGAGCUAGUGGACUGUGACAAAACGGACCAGGGCUGCAAUGGCGGCCUGAUGGACAAUGCUUACAGAGCCAUAGAAGAGCUAGGCGGACUAGAGUUAGAGACUGACUACCCGUAUGAAGGAGCUGAUGAUAAAUGCAUAUUCAACAAGACCCUGUCCAGGGUCCAGAUCAGUGGCUCCGUCAAUAUCUCCUCGAACGAGACGGAGAUGGCGCAGUGGCUAGUCGCCAACGGACCCAUUUCUAUAGGUAUAAAUGCAAACGCGAUGCAGUUCUACGUUGGUGGCGUGUCGCACCCGUGGAAGGCGCUCUGUAGCCCCAAGAACCUGGAUCAUGGAGUGCUCAUUGUUGGAUUCGGGAUUAAAGAGUACCCGCUCUUCAACAAACAUCUACCCUACUGGAUAGUGAAGAACUCUUGGGGCAAGUCAUGGGGCGAGCAAGGCUACUACCGCGUGUACCGCGGCGACGGCACGUGCGGCGUCAACCAGAUGGCGAGCAGCGCCGUCGUCUAACAACUACCUUUAGACAUUAAGUGCCAGUUGCACCAUCCGCACUUGACAGACUGAUCAACGUCACCGGGCGCGGCGCGGCAAUAUACUAUGAAACUUUCCAUACAAUACAAUUUAGCGAACUCUUUAACGAUGACAAACAGUUUGGUGCAACCGACCCUAACUUUGACAUUGUUAACUGACAAUUGGUCAACCAAUUGGUAAAUCAGAAUCAUUCAAGGCUUGAACUCACCUUCUACAUUUUUUGCCAAUUUAAAGGCUAAGAGUUCUGUUAGUGAGCUUGUGGGGCGUACGGAUACUACCUGUACCGUGGCACAGAAUAAAUAAUACUAGGUACAGUCAGCAAUACUUAUUAGCUUAGCACCUUGGCAUACAAACUUCUAUGUACCCCUUUUCUCUGCAGCUGACUGAACAGCACAGAACAGUACAGAAGGUUCUCUCUUACAAAACGCGUCUAUUACGACAGACCGCAAGGUGACGCAAGCGCGAGCAGGCGUCCGUUCCGUACCGGUGCGCGGCAACUACUAUGGCUAGACACCAAAAUUAGUGUAGGCCGCAUGUACUUGUAGCCGCGCGACAAAAUCGCGGAGUGAGUCACGCCUGACCGUGGCGACUGCUCGUGGUCAACCAGAAUUAAUGGCAAGCAGCGCUGUUGUGUAGCUACCUAUAUACCGUACACUGUUAACAGACAAUAUGUAAAUCUUAUUACAAAGAUAAAAGGACCAACGAGGGUCAGUUAAGAAUAUUGUUAAUAACUUCUGCAAAUGCGUAGUACUGGGACGUUUAGUAUAUUUACGAUACAAGUGCGGAGAAGAGGAAAUUUGAAACGAGUGGCGAUAAGUAAUAAAAUAAGAAAAUAAUAAACACGACCGCAGGGAGUGUUUUAAAUCGACACGAGUUGCGAAUAACCUAUUGGCACGUGUAUCGUACAACGUUUUACAGUACAUAAACCCUUAAACCCCUUAAAACUUAAACCCUUAAAACCCUUUAAACCUUCGACAUAUGCACGAAAAGUGCUCUUUUACGCACUGGGGCGAGAAAGUAGCACCAUAUAACUGGCUACAAUUUUUGUAGCGAUACGUAUUGCUAGUUGAGUCAAUGAUAAAGUUAUGUUCACCAUUUUGCACCCUAAUUCGUUGCAAUUUGACAAAAAAGUAUGUAGUAAGCCAUAAAAACGUUUGCUAUUAGCAAACUCUUGCAACUUCGAUUGCUAAUGUAAUCGAAGAUGUGCCUUAUGCUUAGAGCAUUUAGUAACUGGAGACGCCAUGUCUGUCAUUUUCUGUACAAAACAAUCUGCUGAUUUUUGCGGGGGAGGGCUGCGUCAAAUGUCUGGCUAUUUGUACGUAACGUACAAAUAGCCAUGUCAGAUAAACGUCAGUCCAUACAAUGUAUGCACAUUGUGCAAGGUUUACGGCAGAGGAGUAAGCUCUUAAAGGCAACUCCGGUUAUUAAAUGUGACGUUCUCAAUGAAAAGGUACCAAUUGUCGCUUGCCAUAAGGACGCUGUGACAUGUUAUGCGUAUAACAAAACACGGUAUACGUACAAGGAAAUUUCGUCUUUAUGGUAAGAGACAAAGUGGUACCUUUUGUUUGAGAACGUCACAAAUGCUCUUAAGGUCUUAACGUGGUAAUCGUAAGAGUAAAGAAAAAUUGGGGGCCAAGUGACAAUCGCAAAUAAAAAGCGUCAAUACAAUACGACGACCGGUCUGGCCUAGUGGGUAGUGACCCUGCCUGUGAAGCCGAUGGUCCUGGGUUCGAAUCCCGGUAAGGGCAUUUAUUUGUGUGAUGAGCACAGAUAUUUGUCCCUGAGUCAUGGGUGUUUUCUAUGUAUUUAUAUAUUUUAUAUAUCGUUGUCUGAGUACCCAUAACACAAGCCUCCUUGGGCUUACCGUGGGACUUAGUCAAUCUGUGUCAAAGAAUGUCCUAUAAUAUUUAUUUGUUUAAAAACUUGAAUAGUGUGCGGUAAUGAUGACAUGACUUUUUGUCACAUCUUUCAUCCCACUAUGUUAUAGGAAGCGUGCAUGAGCUGUAGGGGGCAGCACAGGAUCCGUCAGAUUUUUAGCGCGAGGCGUAAAUGUGAAGUUUAUGCUUCCGAUGUAGCUCACAAGAUGGCAGAACCUACUAUGCACAAGUAAACGUACGAGAACGGUAGAUGGCAGUACUUGCUUUGGCGUGAAGUGUCAAUGUACAUGUUUAUGUUUUCGAUUCAGGCCACAAGAUGGCAGUACCUCCAACGCGCACGGCCACCACCUUGACUAAUAAUUAUAUUCUUUUUAUAAAAUUGAAACUUACUCAGAUUGUAGUAGCUUAUUCGGAUGUUUUUUUAUGUUAAGUUAGGUAUUUAAGUUGAAACAUCGGCAGAAAGAUGACACCAAAAGUAAAUAAGAGUAAAAAUACGAAUAAAAAUCGUAUUUACCAAGAAUGUUUACAAAUUGAAGCUUACAGAAGUCGAAAAUGACGUCGUCGCAUUUUGGGUGAAUUAAGAAGUUGACGAGGUAGAAAUGUCAACCCAGUCUUCCGAAAAAACUAUAUGUAUACUUUUGUAAAAACUACUGUUUUUUUUUAAAGUAAAGGAUUUUUUCGUCUAUAUCUUAUGUUCUCUUAUGAUUUUUAAUCUUUGCUAGUCCAAAAUAUGUCACUACUUAAUUGUGUUAUUGUUGUAAUUUUUACUUCUACUUUAUUUUUUUUAUACAUAAUAAGUUUUUAGAGGCGAAUAUCGGUAUUUUUUUAUAUUCUAUGUCCUACAAAACUUUUGUAAGUUUGUAACCAAUAUCUUGUGAUAUAUUUACGUAACUAUUUAAACAAGCAAUAAAUAGAUGAAUGACAGUAGUUAAGGUGCAUGGGACGUUGCAUCCGAUUCGCACGUCGCUCCGAUGUUUGAGCGAGACAACGCUAUGCGCGUAUUAUAGCGACAUCCCGCUCGCACGUCGGAGCGAUGCAGUGUGCCAUGCGCAUCUUAUAACACUCAAAGAGCAUCAUCAGGUCACUUUAAUAUGGGUAAUUUAUACAAACUAACCCGUUAUUAUUUCUCUUGGGUGUAUAACUGUAUCGUGUUAAGCAUAAUAUAAAAGUAAGUUAUUUAAGAAAAAAGUUUUGUAUUCUGGUAAUUAUGAAUCUCGUAAUAUACAUUUUAAAUAAAUA